UGUUGUGUAUUUUUGUCAUUGUCAAACGUGCGCGCUUGUGCGAAUGAUGGAUUCAAACAAUAAUUUUAUUAGCAGCGAAUCGCUGUUUAAUUUGCAUAUCAAUAAAGAAAUCUGGGACGACAUUGCGGAAUACAAAGAUGAAUACGCUGUAGUAUUGGCCUACCGAGAGAUGUACCGAAUUUUAUUCGCACAUCGUGCUCCGCAAAUACACUACAGGGCAUUUUUGAUAAAACAUUUGAAAGACGCUGCGAUUACAAUGAAGUUGACUCAUUGCACUCUUCACCUUGCUGUUUAUCUGUUGGAUAUUUUCAUGGACAAUCAUUCGAUUACAUCGGAAAGAAUACUAUUGCUUGCAAACUGUUGUUUAUUAAUAGCAGGCAAAGUAGAAGAAUACUAUAUGAAAACGCCAAAAAUUACUGAAUUAAACUGGCUUGUGCCCUAUCCGUACACAGUAAAGGAUUAUAAAAUUCUCGAAGCGCACAUUCUGAAGUACUUCGAAUGGAACAUAAUGAUACCAACUGCGGCGCACUACGUUCAUUAUUAUUUGCAAGCUGCAGUUACAAAGGAAGACGUGCGAUUAAAGCAACAAGGAGUUGCAACCAUCGUACGAGACAUGCAUACAACUAUUCGAACGUAUCUUGAUAAAGUAUUAGAUGAUGUACAUUAUAUGCAAAGGCACAAACCGUCACUUUUAAGCGCCGCAAUCAUAUCCAUCGCCCGGCAAGCAAACAAACUUAGCGAAUGGCACGAACAACUCGAGCAAUUCACGCACUACACAUGCUCAGACAUUCAAUUCACCAAAAUGAUGUUAUUAGAAACUUUGCCUCUACCAUGUACUGAUUGUGGUUUAACAAUCACCAGCUAGAGAUAAUUACCUUGCUCUGUCAAUGAGGGGUAAGAUGUCUUGUGCUCUGAGUGGCACCUCAUCCAAAUUCUGAAUCCACUUCGCCUGCAAUGA